UUUUUUUACCUAUAUAAGACCAUGUUUUCAUUCAUCAACUCUUCAGUCAUGUCUAACACAUUUACUCAAACGGGUUACACUAGCAAACCAUCUGCUAAUUUUUAUCCACCAAUCGAGUUGAAUAUAUGUGCGGAUUACGGUCUGGGCUUAAUUGGCUUUUAUUCAUACAACAUGAAAUAAUAUCAAUGGAUGAUACAUAUAAAGAGAGAUAUGUAAACAAAGUUGAUGAAAUGUUCUAUUUGAAAGCCAACACUAUACUUUGAAGUGUGAACUCCAUUCUGUAUUCGAUAUUGCUCUGUCCAAUUCCAUGGCAACUAUGCUUGGAUUUAAGAACAACAUUUUUCCCAGAAAACAAAAUCUACACAUCGAAUUUAC